GUAUUUAUUUAAACUUGAAAUAGUUUCAAAUUACGUAAACCAAAUUGUUCAUUGUAUUCUUAAUCUGACGAAACAAGAUGUCUCUAUCUGUUACUGAAGCAUUUAAUAAGCAUCAAGUCGUUCGCGCGGAUGGUGAGUCAGCACUUCCUCGGUCGAGAAUUCCCAUCGCCGGACUUGAGGCCGGAUAUAACUUACCAUCUCCAGUAAUUAAUGACGCAGCUUCUCAUUCCAAAUAUUCAGGACAGCUCACUUCUGAAGAGUUUCUUGCUUUCUGUGAGGCAAACGAGGGUUACCAUAUUUCCCCUCAAGAUAUGGCGAAGUCUGUUGUUAUUGUUGCCCCGUCCAAUGUUAUCACACGCGCUUCUCUCGAAAAAAUUUUAAGCGAAGCCCGUCCCAGUGAUAAUGCCUUGUCUGAGAAGGAAGUUGAUGAAUUGUUCAACAUCCUAGAUACUGAACAUAAGGGAGCAUUUACUGCUGACCAUUUUAUGCAAUCUCUGUAUGGUGACGAAGGGUCGAUAUACUUGGCUGAACAACGUGCAGAUGAUGUGAUAAAAGCACAGAUGCUGAAGAAAAGGGAGGCGGAAGAAAAGGCUGCUCGCGAAAGAGAAGAACAAGCGAGGCGUGAAAGGGAAAGGACAGCGCGAAAUGCAGCUGCAGCAGCACCUAAACCAAUUGUAAAGAAAAAGGCGAAGGCUUGCUGUUAAUAUCAGAAACCAAGAGUAUGCAUUUUCAGUAACUAAUAGUGUCUUUUGCAUAGUCACUAGUUAUGAGUUUACGGCUCUAAGGAUCAUAUAAGGUAACAUGAUUAACGUGCCUUUUUCUCUUGUGUUUAUGCAGAUUGACAUCAAUAUAUGUUGUUUUAAGAGUUAUAAGAAGCAAAGUGACGCUUCCAAAUACUUUUCUAUGUGUGAAAAAAAAAAGAGGAAAUAAUCUUUUACCAAAAAGAAAGGGUGUGUGUGUGUGGGGGGGGGAAAUUUAUUCAAAUAUUGUUGAGCGUUGAUAUACAAAGGGAGUUUAGCGUUAAACUGUAUUUGAGUGCAUAUAGUUAGAAAAUAUCAGAGCAUGAGUUAUAUAUAUUUAUAUUUUAUGUGGCACAAAGAUUUUUUUUCAUACCUUUUAUAAGAUCUUUUUCUAUUAUUUUCUUCAGGCUUUGUUA